GUGCGCGCGCAGGCUCUUCAGCUGGAGCGGACACACGGUGUGCGAAAAGAACAGAAUAACCCGCCCACAGCGGGAUGUGAGGGACUCUGGGUGAAGCCGGCCACGCCCCGCACGGCUGGGAAGGCCAUUGUGACUAUGUGGUGACUACGUUUAUCUUACUACUGAGUAUCCCACUGGAAUCAUGGAGGAGAAACAGCAGAUUAUAUUGGCUAAUCAAGAUGGUGGGACAGUGGCCGGAACCACACCUACAUUCUUUGUUAUCCUGAAACAGGCAGGAAAUGGCAAAACAGAUCAAGGAAUUUUGGUUACUAAUCGGGAUGCCUGUGCUUUGGCUACCAGUGUGUCAUCACCAGGAAAAUCUAAAGGGAAGAUUUGCCUUCCAGCUGAUUGUACUGUGGGAGGAAUCACUGUCACCUUGGAUAACAAUAGUAUGUGGAAUGAGUUCUAUCAUCGAAGCACAGAGAUGAUUCUGACCAAGCAAGGAAGACGCAUGUUUCCUUACUGUCGUUACUGGAUAACAGGUUUAGAUUCAAAUAUGAAGUAUAUCCUUGUCAUGGAUAUUUCUCCUGUGGAUAACCAUCGUUAUAAAUGGAAUGGUCGCUGGUGGGAACCCAGUGGCAAGGCAGAGCCCCAUGUUUUGGGGAGGGUUUUUAUUCAUCCAGAAUCUCCUUCCACAGGUCAUUAUUGGAUGCAUCAACCAGUAUCUUUCUAUAAACUCAAACUUACCAACAAUACACUGGACCAAGAAGGGCAUAUCAUCUUGCACUCAAUGCAUCGGUACCUGCCAAGGCUUCAUUUGGUACCUGCAGAAAAGGCUACUGAAGUGAUACAAUUAAAUGGCCCUGGUGUCCACACGUUUACCUUUCCACAGACUGAGUUCUUUGCAGUAACAGCUUAUCAGAACAUACAGAUUACCCAGCUGAAAAUAGAUUACAAUCCAUUUGCUAAAGGCUUCCGGGAUGAUGGACUGAAUAGUAAGCCCCAGAGAGAUGGAAAGCAAAAGAACAGCUCUGACCAAGAAGGGAAUAGUGUUCCCAGUUCUCCUGGUCAACGGGCCCGUCUCACAGAAGGUGAAGGGUCAGAGAUACAGCUAACUGAUUCAGAUCCUUUAUCUAGGGGUCAUGAAACAUCAAGCAAGGGUUCAGAGAAGCCUUUCCUUAAUAUAAAUCGAGACUUUCUUGGUUUUAUGGAUAUUGAGUCAUCACUUGGUGAAGUUACUCAGUUUAAGCAAGAGGUUUCUGAAAGACUUGUUGCCAACAAUUUUGAAGAUGGUUCCCAUGCAGCAUCACCAUUAGAUCCAAAUGGAAACUUCAGUGUUGUCAUUAAAGAGGAGCCUCUAGAUGAUUACGACUAUGAACUUGGUGACUUUCCAGAAGGAGUCACUGUGAAACAGGAAGAGACAGAUGAGGAAACAGAUGUAUACUCAAACAGUGAUGAUGAUCCUAUACUAGAGAAACAGUUGAAGAGGCACAAUAAAGUUGAUAACCUAGAAGCUGACCAUCCAUCUUCUAAAUGGCUACCAAAUAGCCCAUCAGGUGUUGCUAAAGCUAAAAUGUUCAAAUUAGAUGCUGGAAAGAUGCCAGUAGUCUAUCUAGAGCCCUGUGCUGUCACCAAAAGCACAGUGAAGAUUUCUGAGCUCCCUGAUAACAUGCUUGCUGUAUCUCGGAAGGAUAAAUCUUUGUUGACAGAAUUAGACUAUUUGCCUACGUACAUAGAAAAUUCCAAUGAGAUUGGCUUCUGCUUAGGCAAGGAAUCAGAAAAUGGUCUUGGAAAACAUUCACCAGAUCUUGGAGUGGUACAGCAAUAUUCCUCACUUAAAGAGCCUCAGUGGAAAUAUCCUGAUAUUUCUGACAGCAUGAAUACAGGAAGAAUACCUGACAAUUCAAAUAGUUCAGCUGGGGAUUCACUUUUAGGAAAAGAGGACUUAGGCAGAAAGAAAACAACUAUGCUUAAGAUUUCAACAGCUCCCAGGACUGUGAAUGCUAAUCAUAAUGCUCCUCAAAAUGUCACUGGAAAAAGAGGAAGGCCACGAAAAUUGAAACUCUCUAAGGCAGGGCGACCACCUAAAAACACAGGAAAAUCUUUAACUUCUACAAAGAGUAUUCCAAUGGGCUCUGGGAGUACUUUUCCAGAUGUGAAGCCUGAUUUGGAAGAUGUGGAUGGUGUUCUCUUUGUUUCCUUUGAAUCGAAGGAAGCUCUAGACAUUCAUGCAGUUGAUGGGACAACAGAAGAACCCUCUAGUCUUCAGGCAUCAACCACAAAUGACCCAGGUUGCAGAGCAAGAAUUUCCCAGUUGGAAAAGGAAUUAAUAGAAGAUUUGAAGGCCUUGCGGCACAAGCAGGUGAUACAUCCUGGACUUCAAGAAGUGGGUUUAAAAUUGAAUUCAGUGGAUCCAACAAUGAGCAUUGAUCUUAAAUACUUGGGAGUACAGCUGCCUUUGCCUCCAGCCACUAGCUUUCCUUUCUGGAACCUUACAGGAACCAACCCUGCUUCUCCUGAUGCUGGAUUUUCCUUUGUUUCUAGAACAGGAAAGACCAAUGACUUCACUAAGAUCAAGGGAUGGAGGGGAAAGUUUCAUGGUGCUUCUGCAUCUAGAAAUGAAGGUGGAAACUCAGAAGGUCCACUGAAAAACCGUUCUGCUUUCUGCAGUGAUAAGCUAGAUGAAUACUUGGAAAACGAAGGAAAGCUGAUGGAAACAAGCAUGGGUUUCUCUUCUAAUGCUCCCACAUCUCCUGUGGUAUACCAGCUUCCCACUAAAAGUACCAGCUAUGUACGAACACUUGAUAGCGUACUAAAGAAGCAAUCUACCAUUUCCCCUUCUACCUCUUACUCUUUGAAGCCUCAUUCUGUAACUCCUGCUUCUCGAAAGGCAAAGGCUCAAAACAAACAGGCAACUUUCAGUGGCCGAACUAAAUCAUCUUAUAAAUCCAUUUUACCAUACCCUGUUUCACCAAAGCAGAAACACACUCAUAUUGUUCCAGCAGAUAAGGUUACUAAGAAUUCUAGCACCAUCUCAGAAAAUCAGAUGAAUAACUUUGUUGUGCCAACUUUAGAUGAAAAUACAUUCCCAAAGCAAAUUAAUUUGCGGCAGGCACACCACCAGCAGCAGCAACAGCAGCAGCAACAGGGGACUCGCCCUCCAGGCUUAUCUAAAUCUCAAGUGAAGCUAAUGGACUUGGAAGACUGUGCACUUUGGGAAGGAAAACCAAGGACCUAUAUCACUGAAGAGCGAGCAGAUGUAUCUUUAACAACUCUGCUUACAGCUCAAGCAUCCCUCAAAACUAAACCUAUCCACACAAUCAUAAGGAAACGAGCUCCUCCAUGCAACAAUGACUUCUGUCGAUUGGGUUGCAUAUGUUCCAGUCUAGCUUUGGAGAAGCGCCAGCCUGCUCACUGCCGCAGACCUGACUGCCUGUUUGGCUGCACUUGUUUGAAAAGAAAAGUUGUACUUGUUAAAGGGGGAUCCAAAACUAAGCAUUUCCAGAGGAAGGCUGCUCAUCGUGAUGCAGUAUGUUAUGAUACUUUGGGAGAUGAGCAGAGAGAGGAAGAAGAGGGAGUCAGAGAGGAGGAAGAACAAUUGAAAGAGAAAAAGAAGAGAAAGAAGCUGGAGUACACUAUAUGUGAAACAGAACCUGAACAGCCCGUUCGACAUUAUCCAUUGUGGGUGAAAGUAGAAGGUGAAGUAGAUCCAGAGCCAGUUUAUAUUCCAACGCCUUCUGUCAUUGAGCCCACGAAACCAUUGUUGUUGCCUCAGCCGGAAGUUUCAUCUACUACUGUGAAGGGCAAACUGCUCACUGGAAUUAAACCUGCACGGUCAUAUACUCCCAAACCCAAUCCUGUGGUUCGGGAAGAGGACAAGGAUCCUGUCUACUUGUACUUUGAAAGUAUGAUGACUUGUGCCCGAGUUCGAGUAUACGAACGAAAAAAGGAGGAACAGAGACAGCUGUCACCAUCGCCAUCAUUUCAGCAGCCCAGUUCAUGUCACUCUAGUCCCAAGAACUGCAAUGCAAAGGAGCUGGAUGCUGAACAUCAGCCCUUGAAACCAAUUACCAGUGACCUGGAGGAUGAUUCUGAUAAAUCACAAGGAUUGACUCUACCUAUCACAUGUAUUGCCCUACCCUGUAUUCGCCAGAGCAUCUGGCGAAAUAAGAGCUGGAAGUCUUCCUGUAACGAAGGGGAAUCCUCUUCUACCUCCUAUGUGCAUCAGAGGUCACCUGGUGGUCCCACCAAACUGAUAGAAAUCAUCUCAGACUGCAACUGGGAGGAGGAUAGGAACAAGAUCUUGAGCAUCUUAUCCCAGCACAUCAAUAGCAACAUGCCACAGUCACUUAAGGUGGGAAGCUUCAUCAUUGAGUUGGCUUCUAAGCGAAAGAGCCGGGGUGAGAAGAACCCCCCUGUUUAUUCUUCUCGUGUGAAAAUCUCUAUGCCAUCAUGUCAAGACCAAGAUGAUAUGGCUGAGAAAUCUGGAUCAGAGACUCCUGAUGGUCCAUUAUCCCCUGGGAAAAUGGAUGAUAUCUCUCCUGUGCAGACAGAUGCCCUGGAUUCAGUGAGGGAGAGAUUACAUGGAGGCAAAGGUCUGCCCUUUUAUACAGGGCUCUCUCCUGCAGGGAAGCUUGUGGCCUAUAAACGUAAACCCAGUUCAAGCACAUCUGGGCUUAUCCAGGUAGCAUCCAAUGCCAAGGUGGCUGCAUCCAGGAAACCACGUACCCUGUUGCCUUCAACAUCCAAUUCCAAAACGGCAUCCUCUUCUGGCACUACAACAAACCGCCCUGGGAAGAAUCCGAAGGCAUUUGUCCCUGCAAAAAGACCAAUUGCGGCUCGACCCUCUCCUGGUGGUGUGUUCACACAGUUUGUGAUGAGUAAAGUUGGAGCCCUGCAGCAGAAGAUACCUGGAGUUAGCACACCCCAAACCCUAACAGGGCCACAGAAGUUCAGUAUCAGACCUUCUCCAGUAAUGGUCGUCACACCUGUGGUUUCUUCUGAGGCAGUUCAGGUGUGCAGCCCUGUGACUGCUGCUGUCACUACUACCACCCCUCAAGUGUUUUUAGAGAAUGUUACUGCUGUGACACCUAUGACUGCUAUUUCUGACAUGGGAACUAAAGAACCUACUUAUCCUUCUGGUGCCACCACUGCAGGGGUUGUUGAGGUUUCUGAAACUAAUACCAGCACCCCUGUAACAUCUCCCCAGUCUACAUCCACUGUGAACCUUAUCAAAACGACUGGGAUAACUACCCCUGUGGCUUCGGUUGCUUUUCCUAAAUCUUUGGUAACAUCUCCUCCAACCAUAACUCUUCCUGUUGCUUCCACUGCCUCCACCUCCAUAGUCGUAGUGACCACAGCUGCAUCUUCCUCCAUGGUGACCACACCAACUUCAUCUCUUGGCUCUGUUCCCAUUAUACUCUCAGGAAUUGAUGGGAGUCCACCAGUGAGCCAGAGACCAGAAAAUGCCCCACAGAUUCCAGUGGCCACUCCGCAGGUUUCUCCUAACCCAGUGAAACGUGCUGGACCACGAUUGUUGUUGAUUCAAGUACAGCAGGGUUCCCCUACUCUUAGACCUGUCUCAAACACACAACUUCCAGGACAUCGGAUGGUCUUGCAACCUAUUAGGAGCCCAGUGGAAUGAACCUUUUCAGGCAACCCUAAUGGGCAGAUUGUCCAGCUCCUCCCGUUGCAUCAGCUUCGAAGCUCUAAUACCCAGCCCAACUUGCAGCCUGUCAUGUUUCGGAACCCAGGGUCUGUGAUGGGAAUCCGGUUACCCACUCCUUCCAAGCCUUCAGAGACUCCGCCAUCGGCUGCUUCAUCCUCUACUUUUUCAGUUAUGAGUCCUGUAUUCCAGGCUUGUUUGGGUCUUCUCCAGCAUGUGAAUGUUAUCACUCAGGCACCAUCAUUGCUUUCUUCUGGACCUAGCUUUGUGUCUCAGUCUGGUACAUUGACCCUGAGGAUUUCCCCUCCUGACCCACAAGCUUUGCAAGUAAAACAACCUCUGAAACCAAAAUAACCUAUAUGCUCAGGAGGACAGCCUGCUGGUACAGCCAGCCUCAUUCCUCUUCAGUCUGGUAGUUUUGCCUUGUUGCAGCUUCCAGGACAAAAGCCUGUUCCCAGCUCCAUUCUUCAACAUGUUGCUUCUCUUCAGAUGAAGAGAGAGUCCCAAAAUGCAGACCAGAAAGACGGAACAGCUUUUAAAAGAGAACAGGAUACUAAGAAGGUGCUACUCGAAGGAGAAGCUAUAGACUCCGAGGCUAAUGUAAUAAAGCAAAACUCAGGAGCAGCUGCCUCAGAAGAAACCCUGACUGGUAACGUGGAAGAUGGGGGAUGAUCAUUUAGAUGAAGAAUUCCAUUUACAGAAGAAGGUCCUGUUAAGCCUUCUGAGCACUCGUGUAUCACUGGGUCACAUACAAAUGAAGACUAUAAAGAUGUUGAUGAAGAUGGGAUUAGGAAUCAUAACACUUCCAAGAAAAAGCUAACUCUUCUAGAAGUUAAGACCAUUUCUGAAAGAGCCAGUAAUGUGACAGUCCAAAGUAUAAGUAAUAUGCAGCUUAAAAAACUUGGUAAUGUGAAAGUGGAACAGCACUGUUUAGAGGAAAAAUCAAAUAAAUUUCCAAUCAUCUCUAAGGAAGACUGUAAACUCGAAUUAUCAGGGAAUACAGUUGUGGAGGAGCAUCAGUCUAAUCCACAGCCAGAGGCCAAGGAGAAGGGACAUGGUGACUCUCUAAUGGACAGUCUUAGGGAGAAAUGGAGAAAACAUCUAAAGGGCCCAUUGACCCAGAAAUGUGUUGGAACUUCACAAGAGUUCAAAAAAGAGGCAGACGAACAGUUAAUUAAAGAAAGAAAGACUUGUCAGGAAAGUUCAGAUUUGUUUCAUCAGGAACAACCCAUCUCUGAUUUACUUGGAAAAAGUGGAACUGCUGAGAAUACCAGAGUUUUAAAAACUGAAUGUGAUUCUUGGAGUAGGAUUUCUAGUUCUUCAGCCUUCUCCAUUGUUCCUAGGAGAGCUACAAAAGGGAGCAGAGGGGAAGGACAUUUUCAAGGUCACUUCCUGCUAUCAAGAGAACAGAUAGAACCAAAGCAAGAGAAAAAGGGUGGGAGAAGCAAUCCUGACUUAAAUGUUUUGGAUUUGGAAGAAGAAGACGAAGAUGAGAAUGAGAAAACCGAUGAUUCUAUUGAUGAGAUUGUGGAUGUUGUUUCUGACUACCAGAGUGAGGAGGUUGAUGAUGUAGAAAAGAUAAACUGUGUAGAAUACAUUGAGGAUGAUGAGGAGCAGGUGGACAUUGAGACUGUGGAAGAACUCUCUGAGGAAAUUAAGGUUGACCACAUGAAGACCACAGCUGCCCACACACAGACUUUUAAACAGACAUGCCGUACCCCAUAUUUCUGUGGAUGAAAAGCUGCUGAAAGGAGUCGAAAGGCUUCACCAAUGCCUCUAAAACUGAAGCCUGAUUACUGGAGUGAAAAAUUACAGAAAGAAGCAGAAGCUUUUGCUUAUUAUCGCCGCACACACACUGCCAAUGAGCGGCGCCGGCGUGGUGAAAUGAGGGAUCUCUUUGAGAAAUUGAAGAUCACAUUGGGAUUACUUCAUUCUUCUAAGGUUUCCAAAAGUCUCAUUCUCACUAGGGCAUUCAGUGAAAUUCAGGGACUAACAGAUCAAGCGGACAAGUUGAUAGGACAGAAAAAUUUCCUGACUCGAAAACGGAAUAGUUUGAUACGGAAAGUAUCAUCUCUUUCAGGUAAGACAGAAGAAGUGGUCCUGAAGAAGCUAGAGUAUAUUUAUGCAAAACAACAAGCACUAGAGGCACAAAAGAGAAAAAAGAAGAUGGGAUCAGAUGAGUUUGAUGUGUCUCCCAGAACUAGCAGACAACAGGAAGGAUCUUCUGCAUCAUCUGUAGAUCUCGGACAGAUAUUUAUAAAUAACAGGAAGGGGAAACCUUUGAUUCUUUCCAGAAAAAGAGACCAGGCCACAGAAAAUACCUCGCCCUCUAAUACUCCACACACCUCUGCCAACAUUGUGAUGACUCCACAAGGGCAAUUGCUCACCUUAAAAGGUCCCCUGUUCUCAGGACCAGUGGUAACCGUUUCUCCUGCUCUAUUAGAAGCAGAUCUGAAGCCUCAAGUUGCCAGCAGUGCUGUGGCUCAGUCAGAAAACGACGACUUAUUUAUGAUGCCAAGAAUUGUUAAUGUGACAUCACUGGCCACAGAAGGAGGUUUGAUAGACAUGAGUGGCAGCAAAUAUUCUCAUGAAGUUCCUGAUGGCAAGCCACCUGACCACCUGAAAGACACUGUCAGGAAUGAAGAUAAGUCCUUUGAAGAUUCAGGUAGAAUCUCUUCCAGAGGCAACCAUAGAGAUGGUAGAAUGGCAUUGGGUCCAACACAGGUUUUUCUGGCAAAUAAAGAUUCUGGUUUUCCACAAAUAGUUGAUGUUUCCAGUAUGCAGGAAGCACCAGAGCGCUUACCCAAAAGGAUUUCUGGUGAUAUGAGAGGGAUUCAGUAUAAAUGGAAAGAGAGUGAAUCAAGACGGGAGAGACUGAAGCCAAAGGAAUCUUCGUUUCAUAAGUUAAAAAUGAAAGAUCUCAAAGACUCAAGCAUAGAGAUGGAACUAAGAAAGGCAGCAUCAGCUAUAGAAGAGGCAGCACUGGAUCCCAGCGAGCUGCUAACUAACGUGGAAGAUGAGGAUGAUACUGAUGAGACACUGACUUCUCUGCUCAAUGAGAUUGCCUUUCUUAAUCAGCAACUAAAUGAUGACUCUGUUAGCCUGGCAGAACUGCCCAGCUCUAUGGAUACAGAAUUCCCAGGGGAUGCUCGACAGGCUUUUAUCAGUAAGCUUCCUCCUGGGAACAGAGCAAGUUUCCAGGUUGGCCACUUGGAAACUGGUUUGAAAGAGUUGCCUGAUGUACAAGGGGAGAGUGAUUCUGCCAGUCCUCUCCUCUUGCACUUGGAAGAUGAUGACUUUUCUGAGAAUGAAAAACAAAUUGCAGAACCAUCUUGUGAGCCAGAUGUCCUUAAGAUCGUUAUUGACUCUGAGAUAAAGGAUUCCCUUCUUUCCUCCCACAGGAGAGUCAGUGAUGGAGGGAAGAGUACUUCUGGUGUCCCUGCAGAGCCUGACAAUGUUUCCUCACCCCCCAUUCUACAUAUGAAGGCUGGCCUAGAGAACAGCAGUACAGAAACUUUGUGGAGGCCUAUGCCAAAGUUGGCACCUCUAGGAUUAAAAGUAGCUAAUCCUUCCAGUGAUGCAGAUAGUCAGAGUGUCAAGGUGAUGCCUUGUUUGGCACCCGUAGCUGCCAAAGUUGGGUUAUUUGGACACAAAAUAAACUUAACAGGGAAUGACCGGGAAUGCCGGGAGAACAAGGUGAUGCCUACAUUGGCACCCGUUGUGCCCAAAUUGGGCAACUCUGGGUCCCCACCAAGUUCUUCAGGGAAAUGAACUUAUUGGUCCUCAAGCAGAAGCCAGGCUGUGAGGGGAAACCUUUCUCUGCUGGCAUCUGUUCAUUUGUGUCAUGGAACUGUGAUCCUUGACUUUGAUCCAGUAGACAAUGUUAGAGAAAAGGGUAGAGUACUGACCUCAGAUUAAGAAAUUACUACUAUGAAAUUUUGAUCAUGUUAAAAAUGUGUUACCUCACUUGCAGUGCUGGGUCUCCUAUCCUAAGAAGAUGUGAUCCAUUACUGAACAUGAGGUGCCCCUCUUCCCCAAGAAAUUGAUAACAAGAUUCUAGAUCCAUAUUGGUUUCCUCGUUUUUCCCUCCCAGAGAAAAAGCUGUUUGAGACUUUGGACUUGUUAUGAACUGAACUGUAGUUGAUAGCUGUUGUUUAAGUGUGAAAUCCAAGGAAUGUGAUGUACUUGUGCAGAGGCACCCAGAAGAGAUCGUUUUUAGUUGACGUUUCAAAAGUAGGUGGAGAGAGGGAUGGGUACCAUGGAAUACCAAAGUGAAGUACUUUGUGUCAUUCAGCAAAAUUCUCUUUCAUGUCCCAAAUAGCUUCUAUUCCCUCACCUUUUCAAUCAGAAUUAUUAGUCCAAGCCUUCUGGUAAAUUAACAGUGCUUUUAACUUUAUUACUAAGAUGAUUUUGAGAUAUUCUCCCUUAUUGUCUUUGGGCAUUGAAAACACCAUUUCACAAGUACCAGAAUCACCUGGAAUACAUAUUUUGAAGGUAGGCAUAGAGAGAGCUGUCCUCCUUUCACAAAUCAUGUCACUCGAGAGACAGCUAAAAUGAAAAGCAUUCCCUCCCCAGACUAGAGACAGUGGCCAAAAUAAAAAAUGUGGGGCUGGAUAUUUCCCAAAUCAAACCAGCCUCCUGGUGCUUGAAGGUUUCAUUUACUAUUACCUGCACAGGAAGGAUGUUAAGUAAAGAAAAGUCACAGUAGGCACUCUUUACCAGGGAAAUAAGACAGUAUUUAAAUCACAAGAUAUAUUUUUAUUAUCUGCUAUCAUGGGUUCAGUGAUCUGUAGAGCUUUUUCACUCAUUUGCUGUCAGGGUAGGAAAGACUGACAGCCUGUAAAGAUAAAGAUAUUUAUAUUUUUGUAUAGUUGUUUUCAUAGAUUUCUCAAAGGCUGAAGUUUUCAACCUAGAAGAUGAGAUUUGUAUUGAGUAUAGAAAUGAUGUUUCUUAUCUAGUUUGUAAAUAAUCAUGGUGCACUUGAGGGGUCUCUUGGAAACGCCUGGGGGCAAGAAUCACUAUUCUGAAAAUGUAUAGACUGGGAUUUAGCUGCUGCAUUUUGCCUUUCUUAAAUAAUUAUAUUUUGGAAUGUAACCCAUGUUCUGUCUUCAUUGACAGGAUUUGCUUGUGUUGUUAAACACUAACACAAGAGCUUCCAGUGCCUGGGCUGUGCCUAGGUAAUGCUGUUUCUUCUACAUCCCCUGCCUUCUUUAUCUAUCCCAAAUCCCACUCAGCAUAUCUUCAGAUCUAGGUUAUGAGACCAACUUUGGAAUGGUUCUAACCAGUGAAUUAUUACUUCCAUGGUUGGUUCCCUUUCUAGUAACUCUGAUAAUAAACAGAUUGAAAAGGGUGGGAAAAUUUUCUCUGUAAAUCGCAAUGAUGCCUACAUUCUUUGUCUUGUGCUACUUGCCUUUCUAGACCUUGUUCAUCCAGCUUUUAACCUUCCUCCUCUAAGGUUACUGAAGAAGCUUAAAGUAGGUAAUGAUUGCCUCUGCGCUUCUCAUUAUCCUUCCCACUCUUUACCAAGCAAAUUUCAUUCAUGCCUUAGCCAAGGAGUCCAGCAUCUGUCUUCCCUGCUAAUAAAUGUCCUUUGAGAUGCUAGUACUUUAACCCAGGUAUAGCAGUUUCCCAUUAUUUCCUUGCUCGUCUUGUCCUCCCCAUUUCCUCCUGACUUCCCAAAGCUCUUGUUACGGCUUUUGAGAGUCAGCCAAGGAACAGGCAAGUGAGCGAAUAAUCCUCAGGAAAAGAAGGACCAUUCUGCUUCUGAACACUGUUCCCUUUUUUUAUAAACAAACAGAUAGUAUCAGUUCUUGAUGGAAAGAUAUUUGGCUGUUUAUGAGAGGUGUACACAGAUGAAAAUGAGAGAUGAUUCUUGUUAUUCAAGGAAGGCUGAAGAUUUCAUUGCAAACCCCUAAGAUCAUGGUGUUUUCAAGAUCUCUUAGAACGAGGAAUUAUCGGAGCUAUUUUGAGGAGGGCUCACUCUUCAGAACAAUCCUGCAGAUUGACAAACCUAAAAUCUCCAAAAAUUCUUACCUUUUAACCUUACCCCAGGAGAAACUGAUUAUGAAAAUCACAUGUGUGAUUAUGAAAGAUGUAGUUGAGUGAGAAAAGUUGAAUUUGGAGAAUAGUGAGGAAUCUGGAGAAUGGUGAGCUCUCACCCUGACUCUCUAAGAAGCAUGAUCUCCGUAGACCAAUAAUUCGCCUUUUUAUACAUCUGUAAAUAAAUGGAAUGUUUUUAAGAAUGUAAUUAUGUCAGAUUUAGCCUUUUCUUUUAUAUAUUAAAUAUAUAUAUCUUUCCUUUUCUGCUUUUGAAAAAUGACUAUUUUUUUUUUAGAAACCCAAGAACAGAAGAAGUUUGGGGAGUGGAAGGCAGAAUGUGUGAACUUGAAAUAAAUAAAUCAGUUAUAAUAAUUAAAGCAGGACUUGGUGUUGGGAGGUUUGUGCUGAGUUGGAGUAGAGAAUCCUAAUGCCCUGAGUCAUAUUGAAAGAUGUGCCACUGAAGUAGUUUUAUCAUAGGAAUUCUUUACUGUUUUAAAGACUUCUGACAUUCCAUUUGGGGGAGGUUUUGAUGUUCUGAUCCUUGAAGCAUGUUUUACAUGGAGACUUCAAAAUAUGGUACAACGUGACAGCAAAUGUAAGUCUCAAGAAAUCGUUCUGCAGUGAAGAAAGUCUAGCUUUAUGGUACCAGCGUGUGCAAGGUAAUACACCUGUUACCCUGAAGAAUAACAGGACAUAAACAUAGUUGCAGGUAAGGACAAGAGAUGAUCUUAAACAAGAUACAUGUUAACUAGUAUUAGGAUUUACAAAAAACUUAUUAAAGGAGUCCUUUAGAAUUGAACUACAGCACAGAUGAAGCCCAGAUGUAUAUAAACUUCAUACAAUUACAUAAUUUUAUAGUAAAUGCAGGUCUUUUCCCAAAAAUUAUGGAUGAAAUACCUGACAGUAGGCCUUUGAAUAACAAGUUUGAAAUGCUUUGAAUACAGAAGAAAUCCAUGUAUUAUUUGGGCAGAGUUUAGUAGUAUAUAUUUUCUCCUUAUUAUACUGACUGAGAUAUUCAAUAGUAUCAGGUGAAUUGAGAAGACUAGUCUCUUAGAAGACUAGAACACUUAGACUAGUCUAAACAAUAGUGAUAAUCCUUUUUUCUCCAGAAGAUU